CGUGCCUCGCCUCAAUUCCAUCUCCGACAUCCAGCGAUCUCUCAUACAACGCGGACUACACCGUCAAAUCGCCCCGCGCUCAACUUGAUCAACCGCCACGAUGGCGUUGGACACCUUCUUCAACAACAAGAUCGAGAGCAUGAAGCUCGAGAUCAUCCAGGGCCAGGCAGUACUGCGACGUCUGGAAGCACAGCGAAACGAAUACAACAGCCGAGUGCGGCUACUACGGGAAGAGCUGGGUCUGCUACAACAGCCAGGGAGCUAUGUUGGUGAGGUGGUCAAAGUCAUGGGAACGAAGAAAGUGCUGGUCAAGGUACACCCAGAGGGCAAAUAUGUCGUCGAUGUGGCGGACAGCAUCGACAUAUCCAAACUCACCGCCGGCAAGCGCGUCACCCUCCUCUCCGACUCCUACAAGCUCUCAUCACUCCUCCCAUCAUCGGUCGACCCUCUCGUAUCUCUCAUGAUGGUGGAGAAGGUUCCAGACAGCACAUACGACAUGAUUGGUGGAUUGGACGAGCAGAUCAAGCAGAUCAAGGAAGUCAUCGAGCUUGGUCUGAAGCACCCGGAAUUGUUCGAAUCACUUGGAAUUGCGCAACCGAAGGGUGUCCUACUUUACGGUCCUCCGGGAACGGGCAAGACGCUGUUGGCAAGAGCUGUGGCACAUCAUACCGACUGCAAGUUCAUUCGAGUGUCUGGGUCUGAGUUGGUGCAGAAGUACAUCGGAGAGGGAUCGCGCAUGGUUCGAGAGCUGUUCGUCAUGGCACGUGAGCACGCACCAUCAAUCAUCUUCAUGGACGAGAUCGAUUCCAUCGGUUCCUCACGUGUCGAAGGAUCCUCUGGCGGUGACUCCGAAGUCCAGCGAACUAUGUUGGAACUCCUCAACCAGCUCGACGGCUUCGAGCCAACCAAGAACAUCAAGGUCAUCAUGGCCACCAACCGUCUUGACAUCCUCGACCCCGCCCUCCUCCGACCCGGACGUAUCGACCGCAAGAUUGAAUUUCCACCGCCAACAACCGAAGCUCGUGCCGACAUUCUCCGCAUUCACUCCCGCAGCAUGAACUUGACCCGCGGUAUUAACCUGACGAAGAUCGCGGAGAAGAUGAACGGGUGUUCCGGGGCUGAGCUGAAGGGCGUGUGCACAGAAGCUGGUAUGUUUGCGUUGAGGGAGCGGAGAGUGCACGUGACGCAGGAGGAUUUCGAUCUGGCUACGGCGAAGGUGCUCAACAGGCACGACGACAAGGAGAUGAGUUUGAGUAAGUUGUGGAAGUAGAGGAGGAGAGCGCGCGAAUAAAACCGAUGAGAAGAG